CACCAUGGGCCGGCGGUGCGCCCUGGCCCUCGCCGUGCUCUCGGCCCUGCUGUGCCAGGUCUGGAGCUCCGGGGUGUUCGAGCUGAAGCUGCAGGAGUUCGUCAACAAGAAGGGGCUGCUGGGGAACCGCAACUGCUGCCGCGGGGGCGCGGGGCCGCCGCCGUGCGCCUGCAGGACUUUCUUCCGCGUGUGCCUCAAGCACUACCAGGCCAGCGUGUCCCCCGAGCCUCCCUGCACCUACGGCAGCGCCGUCACGCCGGUGCUGGGCGUCGACUCCUUCAGCCUCCCGGACGGCGCGGGCGCGGACACCGCCUUCAGCAACCCCAUCCGCUUCCCCUUUGGCUUCACCUGGCCGGGAACCUUCUCUCUGAUCAUUGAAGCUCUCCACACUGAUUCUCCUGAUGACCUCGCAACAGAGAACCCAGAAAGACUCAUCAGCCGCCUGGCCACGCAGAGGCACCUGACGGUGGGCGAGGAGUGGUCCCAGGACCUGCACAGCAGCGGCCGCACAGACCUCAAGUACUCCUACCGAUUCGUGUGCGAUGAGCACUAUUACGGGGAAGGCUGCUCCGUCUUCUGCCGCCCCCGCGACGACGCCUUCGGCCACUUCACCUGCGGGGAGCGCGGAGAAAAAGUCUGCAACCCUGGCUGGAAAGGCCAGUACUGCACUGAGCCCAUCUGCUUGCCGGGGUGCGACGAGCAGCAUGGGUUUUGUGACAAGCCAGGGGAAUGCAAGUGCAGAGUGGGCUGGCAGGGCCGGUACUGUGACCAGUGCAUUCGGUACCCCGGCUGUCUCCACGGCACCUGCCAGCAGCCCUGGCAAUGCAACUGCCAGGAAGGCUGGGGGGGCCUUUUCUGCAACCAGGACCUGAACUACUGCACACACCACAAGCCCUGCAAGAAUGGGGCCACCUGCACCAACACGGGCCAGGGAAGCUACACUUGCUCUUGCCGGCCUGGGUACACGGGGGCCAACUGCGAGACGGAGGUGGACGAGUGCAGUGCCAGCCCCUGCAGGAAUGGAGGGAGCUGCACGGACCUCGAGAACAGCUACUCCUGCACCUGCCCGCCUGGCUUCUACGGCAGGAUCUGCGAGCUGAGUGCCAUGGUGUGUGCCGACGGCCCCUGCUUCAACGGGGGACGGUGCUCGGACAACCCCAAGGGAGGGUACACCUGCCGCUGCCCUGGGGGCUUCUCUGGCUUUAACUGUGAGAAGAAAAUGGAUUCCUGCAGUUCCUCACCCUGUUCCAAUGGUGCACAGUGCGUAGACCUUGGCGAUGCUUACAUCUGCCGCUGCCAGGCUGGCUUCUCUGGGAGGCACUGUGAUGACAACGUGGACGACUGUGCCUCUUCCCCGUGUGCCAACGGCGGCACCUGCCGGGACGGCGUGAAUGAGUAUUCCUGCACCUGCCCCCCAGGGUACACGGGCAGAAACUGCAGUGCCCCCGUCAGCAGGUGUGAGCACGCACCCUGCCACAACGGGGCCACCUGCCACGAGCGGGCCCUCCGCUACCUGUGUGAGUGCGCCCGAGGCUACGGGGGCCCCAACUGCCAGUUCUUGCUUCCCGAGCUGCCCCCGGGCCCUGUGGUGGUGGACCUCACUGAGAAGUACGUGGAGGGCCAAGCCGGCCCGUUCCCCUGGGUGGCCGUCGGUGCGGGCGUGGUCCUCGUCCUCACGCUGCUCCUGGGCUGCGCUGCCGCCGUGGUCUGCGUUCGGCUGAGGCUGCAGAAGCGCCGGCCCCCCGCCGACCCCUGCCCAGGGGAGGCGGAGACCAUGAAUAACCUGGCCAACCGCCAGCGGGAGAAGGCUAUCUCUGUCAGCGUCAUCGGGGCCACGCAGAUCAAGAACACCAACAAGAAGGUGGACCUCCACACGGAGCCCAGCACCGAGAAGAACAGCCUCAAGGCCUGCGAGCCCGCCGUGGGCUAUAACCUGCUGCAGGACCUCAAGGGUGCCGCUGCCACCGGGGAACCCCACAGCAAGCGUGAUGCCAAGUGCCAGCCCCAGGGCUCUGCGGGAGAGGAGAAGAGUGCCCCGACCCUCAGGGGUGGAGAAGCAGCUGAAAGAAAAAGGCCGGACUCUGUGUACUCCACUUCGAAAGACACAAAGUACCAGUCGGUGUACGUCAUAUCCGAGGAGAAGGACGAGUGCGUCAUCGCAACUGAGGUGUAAAGUGGAGGUGAUGUGGCGAAUUCCCG